UAUAUAAGCUUAUUUUUACAUACUGUGAGUACGUUCCUAAGGUAUUGUAACCUUGCCUGUGCAGCCAUACAGCAGGAUUUGUUCAAGGAAUUAAUACUUAAUGGUAGCAUUAAUACUGGUUAGUCACUGUUUAUUAGAUGAGGAGCUUGCCAGGGUACAUAGUCAUCACUAGUAGGCUGAGACUGUUGGAUCAACCAGGAGACCUCUCUGGAUUUUCUCACUGGAGUGAUGGAAGCAAGAGGAGGGCUAGAUGGAUUAUUCCGAUGUGCUACAGUUUAUGGGCCACAGGCUGGGAAUUUGUCUUUGUACAGAUUAUUUACAUGCUCCUAAACCCUUUAUUGGAGCAAGAGGUAAUACAUAGUAAAUGUUUAAUGUGGUUUACAAAAAAUAUAAGCAAUGUAAUUUAUGUAGGAAGAAUUUGGAAGAUUUAUUGUCAUUUAGAAAAUGUAUUUAUAAAAUGUGGCGCAAAUAGUCUGAUUUCAAAAAAUUAGAGAUGCUUGUAUACAAGUAGAAAACUAGUAUUUACAUUAUUGCUGCUUAUACAUAAUGUAUUAGUGAAAAUUUAAAAUAUUUUUUCCUUUGAUUUUUCUGCAGGUUUUGAGCAUAGUCUUGCAAUAUAUUUUUCUGUUCCUUAAUGGGUUUUUCUUCUCCAGGGAUAAAGGCAUGGCCAAAAUGGGUGACAGCAACUUAGAAAAAACAACCAUUAUUCAGAAAGCAGUAGCUUCUUGUUGUGGAGCCAUAAUUACAUCAUUAUUUGUAACUCCUCUUGAUGUUAUCAAAACUCGACUGCAAGCCCAAAGCAAUCUAUUCUCCAAAGGAAAGUGUUUUGUAUACUCCAAUGGCCUUAGGGAUCAUAUAUGUGUGUGUGAGAAUGGUGACAGCAAAGCCUGGUAUAAAAGUGGGCAUUUCAAAGGGAUGUUGGAUGCAUUUGUGAAAAUUAUUCAAAUAGAGGGAAUAAAAUCACUGUGGAGUGGACUUCCCCCAACACUAAUAAUGGCACUUCCUACCACAGUAAUCUAUUUUACCUGCUAUGACCAACUGAGUGAAGCUCUGAAAUCUAGACUAGGAAAGGAUGAUGAACACAUUCCAGUUCUUGCAGGUGCCUUAAGCAGAUUUGGUUCAGUUACUGUAGUGAGCCCCCUGGAGCUGAUCAGAACUAGAAUGCAGUAUCGCAAGUUGUCCUACAAGCAACUGUACACAUGCGUCAGCAGUAAAGUGGCUACAGACAGAUGGUUUUCCCUGUGGAGGGGCUGGAGUUCUACUGUUCUGAGAGAUGUACCUUUCUCAGUAAUGUACUGAUAUAAUUAUGAAUGUUUCAAGAAGAUGAUGUGCAAGGAAGUUGGUGCACACGAACCAACAUUUUUUAUUGCUUUUACUUCAGGAGCAGCAUCUGGCUCUAUUGCAGCUGUCAUAACUCUGCCAUUUGAUGUAGUGAAAACACAUAGGCAGACUGAACUUUGGGAGAGUGAGACUUUAAAAAUUCCACAGAGGGAUUGUACGUCAACCUGGGCAAUUAUGAGGAAAAUUGUCGCUAAAAAUGGGAUUACUGGAUUAUUUGCUGGUAUUAUUCCACGGCUGUUUAAAGUUGCUCCUGCUUGUGCCAUAAUGAUCAGCACAUAUGAAUACAGAAAGUCUUUCUUUUCUCAUUUAAAUGAAAAAAUGAACCAACACCCUUGAUUCUCCUUCUUCCGAUUGUAUGAAGUCAAAAUAUAUGGUGAAGGUUGUGCCAAAUUUGAAUCUGUCAAAGCAUUUUCUAGAAUUCCCAGUGAAUUUCUGCGGUUACAUUUGGUAACCAAAUACAACUUCACAAAAACAACUGUUUCACACAGGAUAAAUUCACUUUUUUCUUAAGACUAAGAAAAUACACAUGACCCUUAAGCUAUCAUUGAAGAUUUUGUGACUUCUCUUGUAGCUAGAGAGAAAAAAGAAAGAAAGGGGGGGGGGGGGGGAAUGUGCUCUGACUGUUCUUCAGUGAUGAUUAAAAGGGGAAAAAAAUAGAGGCCGAACAGAGCAAUGAAGAAUAACCACUGUCACUGUGUUAAUUUUCAGUCUGACUAAACAUUUUUGUUGGGUAUUUAAAAUGAUGUUUAGAAAAUGUUUUGGGCUUCCAAUUGUACAAUACAAUUCUUCCUCCAUAAGGAGGUUGAUACAGAAUGAAUUCAAUAAAUGCUUAUUUAUUAUUGCUUAAUA